CAGUGCGACGCGACGCACAUAGCAGCAGUACUCCAGUAGUCGGUCGUCGCUCGUCGUCACGUAUAUAAAAGAGGCUCGCUCAAGCUGGCCAUCGUUCAUUAACCGAUCCGAUCUCGACGAUCGUGAAUUAUUAUUAUUAUUUUUUUUUGGAUAUCCCCGGUCACAGCCAUGCUGACGUUUGAGUUUUCGGCGAUUUUUCUGGUCGUCGGCCUGCUGCUGACUGUGGCCUCGGCGCAGAAGAAUCCACACUACGUGGGCAACAGGACGACGAUGGUCCAUUUGUUCGAGUGGAAGUGGAACGACGUGGCCGACGAGUGCGAACGAUUUCUCGGGCCCAAGGGAUACGCCGGCGUUCAGGUAUCUCCCAUCACCGAGAACAUCGUCGUGCCCAAUCGUCCCUGGUACGAGCGCUACCAGCCCAUCUCCUACAAAUGGUCCACCCGUUCCGGCAACGAGCGAGAAUUCCGCUCGAUGGUUCGACGCUGCAACAAGGCCGGAGUUCGCAUCUACGUCGACGCGGUGUUGAAUCACAUGACCGCCGGACAGGAGAACGCCCGGGGCACCGGUGGCUCGCGGGCCUACGGCAAGGAGUACCCGGCGGUCCCGUAUACGAGCGAGAGCUUUCACGACAAGUGCGACAUCAAUUACGGACUCGCCUGGACGGUGAGGGACUGCGAGCUGGUCGGUCUGCACGAUCUCGACCAGAGUCGGCCAGAGGUGCAGGACAGGAUAGUGGCUUUUCUGGACAAAGCCGUGGACGCCGGCGUGGCUGGUUUCCGCAUCGACGCGGCCAAACACAUGUGGCCCGAUCAUCUCCGUCAGAUUUACGCUCGAGUCAAGAAUCUCAAUACCGAUCACGGCUUCGAGCCCAACUCGCGGCCCUUCAUCUUCCAGGAGGUGAUCGACUACGGCAACGAGGUCGUGUCCAAGUACGAGUACAAUCAGUUCGCGGCGGUGCUCGAGUUCAAGCACGCCCGCGAGCUUUGCGCCGGUAUCCGCGGCCAGAAUCCGCUCAAGUGGUUCAAGACGUGGGGCCCUCACUGGGGACUGCUGCCCUCCGAGGACGCCGUCACCUUCGUCGACAAUCACGACACUCAGCGCGACGGUGGUGGCAGUCCGCCCCUGACUCACAAGGAAUUCCGUAUGUACAAGAUGGCCGUGGCCUUCAUGCUGGCGCAUCCCUACGGUCAUCCCCGCGUCAUGAGCUCCUUCCGCUUCUCCGCCUUCGAUCAAGGCCCGCCCGCCGACGAGUCCGGCAACCUGAUAUCCCCGGCGAUCCUGAGCGACGGCACCUGCGGCAACGGCUGGGUGUGCGAGCACAGGUGGCGUCAGAUCUUCAACAUGGUCGGCUUCAGGAAUCACGUGGCCGGCACCGAGCUUACUAACUGGUGGGACAACGGCCUGGGCCAGGUUGCCUUCUGUCGCGGCAAUCGCGGCUUCGUCGCGAUCAACACCCAACACGCCGAUCUGAGGCAGCGACUGCAGACGUGCCUGCCGGCGGGAAUCUACUGCGACCUGAUCACCGGUGACCUGGUGGAUGGACGCUGCUCGGGUCUGUCGCUGAGGGUGGACGAGCACGGGUGGGCGGACGUGGAGAUUCUGACCAGUUUUCACGACGGUGUCGUGGCUUAUCACACGGCUGCCAAGGCAGCGUAAACAAACACACGGACUCGUCGAGAAAAUUGUAAAAAUUUGUAAAAAAAAAAAGUAUUCUAGCGAAGUAAUAAAUUAAUUUAAAUGCUUAAUUAUUACGAUGUAAGAUGUUAUGUACGAUGAAUUUGUAUUUACAAACUCUUUGACAGAGUUUUAGUCGAUAAGUGAACGAAGAAUAAACAUUGAUGUAAAUAAGCAAAUCAAUUUACAAAAAUAAA